AUGGGUUUAAUUCUCAUGGCAAGAAUUCAAAUUUCCAAAACAUAUAAGUCAGAGUAAGAUUUCUAUUAUGAGAAAAUAGUGACACCUUUGAGAGCACAAAUGACAGAUGAGUAAUGGGCAAUAGUUGGACCAGUAUUUGAAGAAGAAUUGAAGUUUCCUAAGGUUAAUUUCAUGAUGUACCCUUUUUACUAUGGAAAAGGCAAAACAGCUGAUGAAGCGAUAUAGUAUGAAGAGGAUAACUACUCCUUUCUGGGGUAUCAAGCUGGGGCAAGAAAUGUUAUUGAUCCAAGUCCAUGUAUUAAGAGAGCUCCACUAAGAAGUUAUAUAGGUCUAUUUCCCAAAGAUAACUAUACAGAAAUGAUCGAAAGACAACUUAAAAUCUGGAUGUUUUAGCUAGACUACUCGACUACUGGUAGAUAUGCUUAUGAGAACUAGAUCUACAAUUUCAAUGUUCUUUACUUUGACUCAGAAGAACAGAUGCUCGAAUAUGUUGCACAUCCAGAUUAUGAAAAAGAUUAAUAUAGACCUGGUUUGUGUGCUGGUAUUUCUCACUAUCCAAAACCAAAUGGAGAAGGACAUAGUUUUAAGAUUCAUAUGACUGAUUAGUUGCUAGAUGACAGAAAAACCAUACCUUCUUAAAGUGAUCCUGCUGCAGACAAAUACAAUACUGAAGCUAAGAUAACUGAAUUCUCGAUGUACAAUAAGUACUUCUAUACAUACUUUCACAAUUGGCUAGCAAAUGCAGUUUUGAGAGAAGUGACUGGAAUAUAAGAUGCAACUAUAGUAAGUUUGGUCAUGCAAAUGAAAAUCGGCGAGUCAGAAAUAGACUCAUUUGAUUUUGUCAUCAGUUUCUUGAUGCCUAUCUGCGUUACUCUUAUGUAUAUCAUGCCAAUGUACAGGAUGAUAAUGAGAAUAGUGUCAGAGAAGUAGACUAAGAUUAGAGAGGUGAUGAGAAUGAUGGGACUUUCUGAUUUCAACUAUUGGCUUUCUUGGUUCAUCUUUUAUUCAAUAGUAGUGACUAUAAUUUCUCUGGUUUCAACUGGUAUCAUUUGCUCAAUAUUUAUUCAAUCAUUCUUCACCACUCCAAGAACAGCAUCCAUCAUUAGUAUUUUAAUUUACUUCUUUACGAGUUUUGCUGACUAUGCAGUUAAGAGUAAUUAUCUUGAGGAAUACAGGAAGAUAUUAGCAUCAAUACUACCAACAAUUGCUAUGUCAAGAGCUAUUGAUAGUAUUUCUAGUUUUGAGAAAGCAAAGGUUGGACUCUAAACUAGCAAUAUGGUAGAGGUAUAUAAUAACUACAAAGUAUUAACAUGCUAUUACAUGUUUGGAGUUGGACUGGUUUUAAGUUUUUUGACUGGAAUUUAUUUAACAAAUGUUUUACCUACAACAGCUGAUGGAUUAAGAAAAGAUUGGUACUAUCCAGUCACAAGAAAAUAUUGGUGUGGAACAAGGAAGAAGACCAGAAUGAAUUAAAUUCUCAAUGAAUCAAGUGAUGUGUAUGCAAAGAAUAACUUUGAUAUCAGUGAAUCUAAAGAGCUUGAGAGGAGUAUUAAUAAAUCAGUUGACCUGUAAGACAACCCACUUCCAAACUUCUAAACGAUGAAUGCAAAUGAUCAGUAGAAUAAUAAUGGAUUAUAUCUGGGAUCACACAGAAGUCCUAGAUAAUCAUUAGUUGUAAAUGAUCAAGAAUUUGAGAGUAGAGGUAUGAAUCCUCUGAAUUAUGAGCCUGUUAAUAGUGGGUUCGCUCAUUAGCAAGAAACUCAAUAAAAGAUAUUAAAGAUAUAAAAUCUUCAGAAGACUUAUAAAAAUGGUUUUUCAGCAGUAAAAGGUCUUAACAUCAAAAUGUAUAAUGGCUAAAUUUUUGCGUUGCUAGGCCAUAAUGGUGCUGGUAAGAGCACAACAAUAUCUAUGCUUACUGGAUUAAUUUCAUCUACACUUGGAAAUUGUGAAGUCUUUGGAUAUGAUAUGUUUGAUGACAUAGAUUAUGUAAGAUAAUUUCUAGGAGUCUGCCCUUAGCACGAUAUUUUGUUUGAUCUUCUAACUCCAGAGGAGCACUUAGACAUAUUUUCUGAUUUCAAGGGUGUAUCAUCCUAAACUAAGAAAGAAGAAAUUUAAAAGAUGCUUUUAGACUGUGAUGUUUAUUAACAUAAGGAUAAAGAGGCAAGAAAUCUAUCUGGAGGAAACAAAAGAAAACUAUCUGUUGCAAUAGCAAUGAUUGGUGGCUCUAGACUAGUACUUCUAGAUGAGCCUACAGCUGGAAUGGAUUUAAGUGCUAGAAGAAAAUUAUGGAAUAUGCUAAAGAGCUAUAAGCAAAAUAGAAUUAUUAUUUUGACAACUCAUUAUAUGGAUGAGGCAGAUAUUUUAGGAGAUAGAAUUGGCAUAAUGACAGGGGUAAAGAAAAAUCAGUCGUAAGAUAUUUUGAUAUCACAAUACCUUGAAGAAAAAUUAGGCUAUUGUAAAAAGCUCUCGGAGAUUUCAAGUGAAGUGACUUUUCAAAUUCCAUAGCAGUACUCAGUCAAAUUUAAGGACUUUUUUAAUGAAUUCGAUUAUGAUCUUGAUAAAUUAAACAUAAGAAGUUAUGGAAUCUCUGUUACUACUUUAGAAGAAGUAUUUUUAAAAGUUGGACAUGGUGAUGAUACAGAAGAUAAUAAGCAGGUUAUAGAUGAGCUAAGAAGAUCUAGAUCUAACUUAGAAAAUGAAGCGAAACGGAAUGAUUAUUCUAUUGCUAAUGAUAAAUCAAUGGGUAUAUGCUCAUUGUUCUUUUUGCAUAUUGGUGCUUUAUUUAAGAAGAGGUUUAUUCUUUAUAAAAGAAAUUACAAAAGCCUGAUCAGUGAAAUAUUUGUUCCUGUUGCUCUGGUUAUUCUAGGAUUUGGUUUCUCAAAAAUUCAGUUUUUUAUUAACUCACCUGAGAGAACUUUAUCAUAUGAUGCUUUCCCAGCGCCAUAAAGAUUGGUAGUUAACUCAAAUCUGAUCAGAGCUAGUGGUAAUGAUUUCUCUCCAAAAUAGAUAAUGUAAUCUCUUCCUGGAGGAAGUGACUAAUAUGAAAUCACAUAUAAAGACUACUCUUAAUUGGAUACAACAACAGAAGAUGGUGAAAAGGUAUUUGUAAAGAAAUUUGAUGCAGAUAUUUAUGACUAAAGCAUUUAAUCUCCUAAAGAACCUAUUAGCUAUGGAUCAUACUUUGUCUAUCAAGCUGAUAAAACAAAAAUGCAGUUCAGAAUUGCAUCAUAACUUAACUUAAAAUCUUAGGAUGCCUCAGCUCUUUAUCCUCAAUUCCUCUAUGAGUCAAUUCUAAAACUUGCUUCAAAUAACCCAAACUACAAAUUUGAAGUAUCAACCUAGGCUUUUCCAGUUACAUACAAUCUAAGCAAAAGAAGUGCAUAGGUAAAUGGAAUAUUUAUUGUUUUUGUGAUUUCUAUUGGCUUUGCCUUAAUACCAGCUUCUGUUAUAAGUUUCAUUGUCCAUGAAAGAGAAAAGAAUCUAAAACACAUGCAAAUCAUAAGUGGUAUGAGUUUACCUGCAUACUGGCUUUGCAAUUUCACAUUCGAUAUAAUCAAAUCAUUGAUUCCCUCAGGAAUAGUAGUUGGUCUUAUGUACACUUUUGGAGUUGAUUAUCCUUAAGUUUGGAUUCUUCUAUUAUUGUAUCCAUUUGCCGUCAUUCCUUUUACAUAUGCAACAUCAUUUUUCUUUAAUAAUGAAAACAUGGCUUAAACAGUCACCAUAUUUUUGCAUUUUUUUGGAGGAGGAAUAGGAGCUAUUUUAGUUGGAAUAUUAAGAAUUAUUGAAUCAACAUAUAGCAUUGGAGACUAAUUGAGAUGGGCUUUAAAGAUAUUCCCUUCAUUUUGUCUGACUGAUUCAAUUAUGUACUAGACAGUAAAAUCCCAACUAUUUAUAAAAAGACCUGAGUUAAAUUUAGAAGACUUUGAAUUCUAAGCCGUAGGAGCAAAUGUCUACGUAAUGGGCGGCCACUUCUUUUUUUGGACUAUAGUCUUGAUUAUCAUUGAAUUGAGAAUUUUCAGAUGGAUUCCUAAGAUAUAUGAUAAAAUUAUUGGUUCAAGGCUGAAGCCUAUUUAGAAUUUGGAACUAGAUUCAGAUGUCAUUGAUGAAGAAGAGAGAAUAGAAGAAAGUAAUAGUGGGAGUAUAAGAGUAAGAGUUAAGAAGUUCAGAAAAGUAUAUGCUAGAUUCAUGCAAAAGCCCUUCUUAGCAGUAGAAAGAACUUCCUUUGGUUUAGAUUAUGGAGAAUGUUUUGCACUUUUAGGAGUUAAUGGUGCAGGAAAGACCACUACUUUCAAAAGUUUAACUGGAGAAAUUUAGCCAACAAAUGGUGAAAUAACUAUUAAUGGAAUGGAUAUUGGAAGGGAUUUUGCAAAAAUAAGAAAAUAGAUAGGAUAUUGCCCUCAACAUGAUGCAAUAUUCGAUUAAAUGUCAGUGGAGGAGCACCUCUAAUUCUAUGCUAAAAUAAAAGGAAUAAGAUCUGAUUUAAGAGUGCAACUUAUUGAAUAGCAGAUAGUUGAGAUGAGUUUAUAAGAUCAUAGAAUGAAGCUAGCUGGAACAUUGUCAGGUGGAAAUAAGAGAAAAUUAUCAGUAGCAAUGUGUGUUAUAGGAAAUCCUCCAAUAAUUCUUUUAGAUGAGCCAUCUGCUGGAAUGGACCCAGAAGCCAGAAGAUUUAUGUGGACUGUAGUUUCUAAAAUAUCUUAAUAAAGACAGCAGAGUGCUGUUAUACUUACUACUCAUUCAAUGGAAGAAGCAGAAGCAUUAUCAACUAAAAUGGGAAUAAUGGUCAGAGGAGGUGUUUUUAGAUGCUUCGGUUCUAGUCAGCAUAUCAAGAAUAAAUUUGGAACUGGAUAUGAGAUCGAAGUAAAAGUUAGAAAACUGACAUAAGAAGAUUUAAAUAUGAAGAGAGAAUUAUAUGGACUAUAUAGUUAAGACAGAGUAGAAUUUUCAAGACUUCCUGAGUUAAUGAGAAGCAAAAUGGUGGAUGAAUCUGUAAUAAAUGAACUUGAUGAAAAUGGAUUAGGUUAAGACUUAGUGAAGGAAGCAUAGGAAUAUAUGGGAACAGUAUCUGUUAAGAAUUUCCUCAAUUGGCUCUAUAUUGAAUAAGCCGGAAUAAAUAUUUUAGAUGGAUUGAGCCAGUAUUUUUCAGAAGUUGAAAUUUUAGAACAUUACAAUGACUACUAUAAACUAAGAGUGCCAAGAGAAUCCAAAACUAUAGGAUUUAUAUUUAGUUUCAUUGAGAAUAAGAAGGAUUCUUUCAAGAUUUCUGAGUAUUCUGCCAGUCAGACUACACUCGAGCAAAUAUUUCAGAAAUUCGCCAAUUAGCAAAUAGAUAAUCAUAAGACUAUUAUGAAAUUUAAGAAAUUAGAUGGAAUGCUAACUAAAGUACUGUCACAAAACAACAGAGUCCUUGAGGAAAAAGCUUUAAAUAUAGACAAUCAAGAACUAAGUGAUAAGCUUAUCAGACCCGAAUAAUGA